AUGGCGGACUUGACUCUUGAUAUUCCAGAAGUUCAGGUGGUUGUCAAUUAUCCUCUGGACGAUGCAGGGUUUCAUUGGCAUCACAGAAUCCUUCUUCACAGGAUUGAGGGUGGAGUGUGGCUUGCUUUGACACCGGACUUGGAGAUCCAGAGGCAUGACUUGAAUGCACAACGGCAUCGGAUUUUGAAUCGUUCAGCCCCUUUCCCGGGAGACAUCGCUGGAGAGAUCUAUGCUCAUGAUCCGAUAGGGGCUGCCGCCCUAGCCGGGUUCAAACGAGAAGCGCAGAUCAGCGCGGCCAUCUUGGGGGAGGGUGCGGUUGAGAAUGUCGAGGCGUUCCAGUGGGUCAUCUCCGAGCCGGGCCACGCCGACUUUGGGGUGACUGUGGACGGGGCCCUUCUUGGAAAUGAGGCGACAGGCCUUGCCUUCACCUUGAAGGGUGUCAUCAUUCGGGGAGGGGAGGAACUGUUCGUGGAAAGAGUCAUGACCAAGGACCUCGAUCUGUGGCGCAGGAAGAAAGGCCAGGACCUCUCGGAUGUUAGACUGCUUGGUGACCACCGGGAUGCAUCAGGGAAGAAGCGUCUUGACCUCAAGCAGGCGGUCGCCCUGAUGAAGAACAUCGAUGACAAGGAGUUCCCCAUAGGAGGUGUCCGAGCAGCAAAAGAGCUCCAUAAGGCGAUUGCUGCCAGUGCCGGCGAGCUUUUGAUCUACCACUCCGAAUGGCUUCGGCUCUCCGGCGUGAACAAGAAGACGAGCGCAUGUCAUAUUCAUCGGGCUCUUUGCGAGGCACUUCGGCUCAUGCACACUUUUGACCAGGUCGAUGUGAGCGUGCUGGCCAGUGGGGAGCACCUUUCGCGAUGGCUCAUCCAAGUCGAGCUCGCUGUGGAGAGGAAUCCGCAUCAGCCAGAUUUCUCUGGCCUUGACAUCAUCAGUGGCACCGCUCAGCUUCCCGAUGGCCGUGCCAGCACUUCCAAGUUCACAGAAUGGAUCAGUAGCCGGCUCAAGGAACGGGCCACCAUCUGGAAACAAGAGCGUCUUUACAAUCAGGAAAGGCGCCAGCUUCGAGGAGCUCGGGGCGGCAAAGGAGAAGGUGGGCGCUCGACUUCGGAUGAGGAGGAGCCUGGUCCCCCCGGCGGUCGGAAGAAAAAGAAGAAGAAGAACACAGGCAAAGGAGACGGAUCCACAGCCACCGGGCAGAUGCAUGGCGUGAAUUCAGUCUCCGGUCACCCUCGCAAGGACGGCGACAUGGAGAUCCUUUUCCUCUACCUCGACUUGUUUCCGACUUUUGCAGUCGAGGUCAAUGCCAAUUUUUCUGGGCUCCCUUUGACGGCCGUUCAACAGUGGGUCCUCUCGGAUGUCUCUCGGCGGAUUUCUUUGUACGGGACCUGCCCGGAUGGCAUCACUGAGGACUCUGCCCUUCAGGAGCUCAACCAGCGCGCCAACCUGUAUGCUGCAGGAGAGCGGGCACCUCGCUGCCUGUGA